GGGGGUGCUGCUCGCGUCUCCCCGCAGCUCCCCACAGCCCCUCUCACCACUCCCACAUGCAUCCUUCCCAUCUCUCCUCUGCACUCACCCCCCAGCCUGUCACUGGUGAGGCAGUCGCCUCCCCAACCCACCUGUCACCCCCCUGUCCCCAACCCCGUCACUUCACCAGGAUACCUCACCCAGACAUGUCCUUCUUGCUCUUGGGGUCUCACUAACACCCUGUCCGCUCUGACUGCAGCUGGGGACCACGUCCCACCUCCCGCCAUGGAGGUGAACCAGACAUCCCCGCCUCCCACAUCACCCGUGCCAGAGACUGUUAGAGAAGACCCCUGCAGGAUGGAGGUCAUCGACAUGGCUAUAGACGGUGUCACAGUGCUCAUCUGCCUCUGCGGACUCGUGGGGAAUGGAGCCGUCCUCUGGCUCCUCGGCUUCCGCAUCCGCAGGAACCCCAUCACCGUCUACGUCCUCAACCUGGCCAUGGCCGACUUCACCUUCCUCCUCUUCAUGGUCACAUCAUCCCUCCUCUACAUGAUGGAGAACGUCUCCUGCUCCGCUCUUUUGUCCUUGAAGUACAAGAGGUCACUCUUUCUGCUCUCGCUGUUCUCCUACAACAUGGGCCUGUAUCUCCUGACGGCCAUCAGCAUUGAGAGGUGCAUGUCCAUCCUCUGCCCGCUCUGGUACCGCUGCCGUCGUCCCCAGCACUUGUCAGUCACGGUGUGUGUCCUGCUCUGGGCCCUCUCCAUCACUGUCAUUGCUGCAGUGACAUCUCUGUGCCUGUUGUACGACUACGAGCACUGCCGGGUGGCUCUUAUUUCCAUGUAUAUCCUCAACUUCCUCAUCUUUGCUCCACCCAUGGUCAUUUCCAAAGUGAUCCUGUUCAUUAAGGUCCUGUGUAGCUCCAAGCGGCGUCAACCCAAGAGGCUCUACAUUGUUAUCUUACUCACUGUCCUCUUUUUUCUCAUCCUUGGGGUUCCCCUCAGCAUCUGGAAUUUCCUGCAGCAGUUCAGCUACAGCUUUGUGCCCUCCCAGGUUGUUUUCCUGCUCGCCUGCAUCAACAGCAGCAUCAACCCCUUCAUCUACUUCUUGGUGGGCAGCUGCCAGAGGCAUUGCUCCUUGCUGUCCCCCCAGGUCGCCUUCCAGAGAGUCUUUGAAGAGACGGCGGUCACCACAACCUGCAGCUAAGAGGCCACUGGAGUCACACCAGCUAUGCUGCCCACCCUGGCUUCAUGCUCAGCUUCCACCCUUGCUGCAAGCUGGGCCCACAUGUCACCUUCUUGUGGCUGUGUGUUAGGAUGCAUCCCACCCCUUAUCCCAUCUUGUCCCCAUCGCCAACCCUUAUCCCAUCCCCAUCCUUUAUCCCACCAUGUCCCCAUCCCCAUCCUUCAUCCCAUCUUGUCCUCAUCCCCAACCCUUAUCCCAUCCUCAUCCCUUAUCCCACCGUGUCCCCAUCCCCAUCUUCAUCCUUCAUCCCAUCUUCCCCAUCCUUUACCCCACCUUGUCCCCAUCCCUUAUCCCAGCCCCAUCCCUGAUCCCACCUUGUCUCCAUCCCCAUCUGUUAUCCCAUCUUGUCCCCAUUCCCAUCCGUUAUCCCAUCUUGUCCCCAACCCCAACCCUUAUCCCGUCCCCAUCCCACCGUGUCCCCAUCCCCACGUUCAUCCUCCACCCCAUUUGUACGCAUCCCUGCUUCCAUCCCACCGCUGUCCCGCCCCGUCCCUCGGGCCGCUCCCGGGCUCGGAGCGCGGAUCUCCGGGCUUUGCUGCCCUCCAGCGAGGGCAGAGCAGCCGGGAGCCC